CAGGUGCUCACCUGUCUGCCCUCCGUCCGUCUGUCUGUCUGUCCGUCUGCCUGCUCGGAGCUUCGGUUGUUAGCUAUUAGCUGAUAGCCGCUGCAAGCGGCAGCUGCUGAUCAGUCGCUUCCGGUAACGGUCACCUGCAGAAACACACCGGGACUCGCUCCGACCGACGGACAGAGCCUCUGCUCGGCCGCAGCACUCCGACCUCCCGGUGCCACUGAUCGAACCCGAUCAAUCGACACCGGAUCGAUCGAUCCGAUGACCGACGCGGUGGAUCGGAAGCGGCGCGUGGCCUGCGGCGGGAUCAGAGGCACCGGAGCAGCGAGUGAUGACAUCAGCGCGUGAGAGUCCCGAUCGUCCGCGGGUCAGCUGAUCGAUCACUUAUCAGGUUCUCCCGGUUCUCCCGGUGCUCCCGUUUCUCCUGGUGCUCCCGUUUCUCCUGGUGCUCCCUGUUCUCCCAGUGCUCCUGGUGCUCCCUGAUCCCAUUCAGGAUGCUGCCGGCCUCCAUUCAGAUCACGGGGGAGCAGCUGUCGGCGGCCGAGGUGCAGGACAUCUGUGAGAGUCUGACGGAGGACGGCGUGCGGCUGUUGUCCGUCCGCGGCUGCCAACUCUCCGACCGAGACUUUGGACGAAUCUGUCGCAGCGUCGCAGAGUCUCGCUCACUCGCUCAGCUCAACCUGAACCUGGGCGUCGUCUCCAGCAGCAGUCGGACUCGACACCUGGCCGACGCCCUGAACACCAAUCGGUCCCUUCAGACGCUCUUUCUCCAUGGCAGCCCCCUGUUGGACGCCGGCCUGGUGACCCUGAACUCGGCCCUGUCGACCCACCCGAGCUUGGUCUGUCUGGACCUGGGGGACUGCAUGCUGGGGGACGAGGCACUGGUUCUGAUCUGCGGGAUGCUGCCGCCUGACGGAGCCAAGUCAGGCCUCAGGGAGCUCACGCUCAGCGCCAACCCAGGGAUCAGCUCUAAAUCGUGGGCUCGGCUCAGCAUCGCAGUGGCUCACAGCUCUCAGCUCCGAGUCCUCAACCUGGACUACAACCCGCUGGGAGAUCAGAUUGCAGGGAUGUUGGCGGUUGCUGUGGCGUCCAGCAGAACCCUGGAGGUGUUGGACCUUGAGGGAACCGGACUGACCAACCAAUCAGCACAGGUUUUCCUGGACAUGGUGGAGAACUACCCGACCAGUCUGAGGGUUCUGGUUCUGGCAGAAAACCACAUCAGUCCCGAGCUGCAGCAGCAGAUCUGUGACCUGCUGUCUGAAGGAGACGACGAUGACGACAGAGAUGCCUCGCCCCUGCUCUCAGGCCCCGCCUCCAGCAGUGCCCUGCUGCCAAUCAGAGACAAGUACCAACCAAUCAGAGACAAGUACCAACCAAUCAGAGACAAGUACCAGCCCCCUGCCUGGCUACCCCAUAGCAACUCCGGACCCCAGACCGUCCUGCUGACAUCAGGUCUAGGUGAGAGCUUACUGGCUGAGACUGAGAUGUGACCCCUCCCACAGACACACCCACUUCCUGUUUAACUGUUUGCACUUGAUUUAGUUUUAGUUUUGGGGUUUGAAUGUUUGUUUCUCUGCACUGCACUUCUGUAAGGUCACCUGACCACAGGUCGCAGGUCACCUGGUCACAUUGUGCAUGUUCGAUGUAGCACCUGAUAUGAAACCUCAACACACAAGUGACUUACACACACGCUGUGAUCAGGCUCCGCCCACAAAGACCACACAACUCCUCCCCCUGUCUCUCGGUCCAAACCAGAACCAGAGGAAGUCAUGUCAGUCGUUUGUCAUUGAUGUCGUCUGUGGUCGGGAGCUCUAAAUUAAUCAUUGACUGAUGAUUUGUUAAAAUAAAUAUCGAUCAUGUCUCUGGGGAUGGAGCCUGAUCCGACGUGCAGCUGGUUCUGAUGAAUGUUUGUUCUGCUGCUCGAUGUCACGAUAAUUAAACUGUUUACAGCUUCGUAAGAAA